AUGGCCUCGCUAUUGGAGCAGCUCCUCCUGGAUGAGCGUUCUAACCCCCCUGAACUUUCCGGUGUGCCGGAUACGAUCCAUGAUGCACCUAUCCAAAAAAACCUCACAAGAUCAGUCACUCCAGACUUUGAUUUCAGGUUUCGACUUGUUUCAGUUCCCAGAUGCGAAGAAAUCCAGAUACCUGCACACACUUGCAUGCUGCUAGAUUGCCAGAAUCGCCUCUCAUUUGUUGGGCGUUCUACUGCUCACUCUUUCAUGCACCAUAUCAGGAACACUAUCGAGAAACAUGACGGCCCCUCAGAAUUCACAGCAGAUAGCAAUUGGAGUGGUCUACCAGAAAGACUCCCUGUCACACCUAGGAUGCAGUCCUUUCUCCCCCCAAGUACAACUACGAGUUUGAUCGAGUUCUAUUUCAACCAUGUACGGAGCUUCAUUGACAUAGUCAACCCAGAAGCAGUGAGCUUGACUUUGUAUCGAUUCCAGAAUAACCCGAAUGAGGUUCAGGGACCCGAUCGGUGCAUUUUCUAUUUGGUUCUAGCAGUUGCGCUCGCCUUGGAUCCUGGUGAUUCAGCACACUCACCGAGCCCAGAAUUUAAACACCAGCUAUUUGCCAUAGCUGAAGGGCUGGCCCACCCAACCCGUACAUUCGAAAAGUCCCAGUACCAUGAUGACGUCCUCUGGCCCCUCCAAGCUCUCGCUUUGAUGUCUUUUUUUAUGCUGUCUGUUUCCAUGAGGAAUACUGCGUACGAAUAUUGCGGCAAGUCUCAUCACAUUUGUCGAGCCGUUCGAGUUGCCUACGCCCUUGGGAUUCAUCGAGGCCAUGAGUCUGAGAUCAAUCAGUUCCCCGCCAACGAGGAACUCAGAGUUCUACGACGGAACGUUUGGAGAAGCUUGUUUGUCCUAGACAGAUUUCUGGGUGCAUCGUUAGGAAGACCGUUCGCUAUCUCUGAUAACGAAUACUCCGAAUCCUCCUUUAGACCACCCAACCGACCAAGCAGUCCCAACAAAGCUUCGAAAAGGGACAUGCUCGAUCCCCCUAUUGAUGCAUGUAAAAUGAUUGGUCAUAUCGUGAACAACAUUUAUUCAUGUGACAAAGUCGCGAUCGAGGUUCCGAAUCAGAUGUUGGGGUACCUAGAAGCUCACCCCAGUUUCCAAAACGAUGAAUUCUUUACGACAAGCAACUUAAUGCCUACGGUAUCUCAAAUUCAUAUGCAUUUACUUGGCUUCUACACCAGUAUCCUCCUUUGUCGCCCCUUUUUCCUUUUAUCCUUUAUGGGGACAAACGCCUCAGAUGGCAUCGAGACACAAAUCAAUAGACUGUCUGAAAGAUGCGUAUCUCAAUCGCUUCAAGCGGUUGAAAUGGUGAAAAGGGGAUUUCAUGCGAACCUGCUGUGUCAUUCUGACCCCCUUGCUCUCUAUGUACUAUUUGAAGCGGCACUUGUCUUGCUUAGCAGUACUUAUGCAGACAUCUACGCUCGAGAGGAACACUUGUCGCUGGUAAAAGACGCAAUGUUCAUCUUGAAGACAUGGUACACCUCGAGCCCUUAUGCAGGGCAGUUCGCUUCCAAGUUGGACUUGUUUCGGCAGGACGUCGAACACCAAAAACAAGUGAAAGCUACAAGGCAGGCUUCAAGGAGACAGGCUCACAAAGUUAAACGCGAGCCGAUGACAACUUACGAGCCUAGUCAGUAUCGCUCUCCAUUCCAUCCAAUGCCUCGUGAUAGUCUGGUGUCCCCACGUGAUAGCCGUCGCGGGUCGGCGACUGCAAACCACGCCAUGGUCAAACAAGAAGCCGAUGGGUACUAGGGCUCCUUGACAUCAAGGCCCUUAUUCUCACCUACCGACUUAAACAUGGGUCAAUCUCAGCCUUUUGCUGAGUAUUCACAAAGUUCACAGCUCAGUGAUCAUAGCAUCGACAUGGAUUAGUCUGCCUUGACCUUUCUUCAAGGUUCAAAUUGGGUCGUCCUCAGUGACCUGGCAGCCUAGGCAUACAAUGGGCCAUUCCAAACGGUUCAAUUGCAGAAUGGAACAAUAGUUCUACGCAGCCAAGCAAGUGAGAGAAACGGAGAACCUUAUGGAUGAGAAGAGUAUCGGCAGGCAAAUGAAAGUAGUUCGGUAAAAGCGGGUGAGCCCAACACUUGGCGUAGGAGGAAGGAUUGUCAGUGUGCUGGAUUGGGAGGCAGAUAUCAAACACAGUAUGUUAGUUUAGUACUACAAGAGCGUUCUUGAGACGCAUUUCAGGAACAUCUGCCAUAGACAUCAAUUGGAG